GGCGCGAUGCUGUGACGUAGCUCCCUUCAAAUAGACACUUCGCAGGGCGCAGCCCCUGAAUAUAUGACAUAGCUAAGGUGCUGACUUCAUUUAGUGACACAAACCUCGGAGCUUCAGUACUGCCCGUCUCAUUCAGCACACGCAAAGCUGCGUUUCUGCAAGAGCAGCGUGAAAGUUCUCAGUAGAGCUCUAUCCGACACCUUCCACCCACCUGAGUCCGGUCUCUCAGGCCAUGUCCAGUGAUCCUCCUCCGCCAUACCCUGGAGGUCCUAGUGCUCCCCUCAUCGAGGAGAAGAAUGGACAAGCAGCUCCUGUAAGAACAGGACCUCCUCCGGGUCAGCCUCUCCCGCCAGACUACGGCCCACCCCCGUAUGAAGGCCCACACCCAGGCUUCCUCCCUCCACACGUCCCUGGAGACGUGCCAAUGCCCAUGCCCAUGCCAAUGCAUAUGCCCUCACCACCCCCAGGCGGUGCCUACCCACCACCGCCGCCCGGCCACUUCCCGCACCCGAUGCCUGGCCAGAUGGGUCCUGGCGGCCCCUUCGUGCACAUGGGCGGACACACGGCAACUGUCAUGGCCCCGCCGGGGGCCGCCACCACCGUGACUGUGCUCCAGGGCGAGAUGUUCCAGACGUCGCCGGUGCAAACGGUUUGUCCGCACUGCCAGCAGGCCAUCGUCACGCGCAUCUCCCACGACGUGGGCAUCAUGAACACCCUCUUCUGUCUCUUCUGCUUCUUUGUCGGGUGUGAUCUGGGCUGCUGCUUGAUUCCCUGUCUGAUCGACGACCUGAAGGAUGUGACGCACACCUGCCCAUAUUGCAAGGGCUACAUCUACACAUACAAACGUAUAUGCUAACCACUGACUUAUUUUUUUCCCCCCUCGUCUCUACUGCACUUUUCAGUUGUCUUUCUAAAAGCCAUUAGUAUGUCGUAGAUAUCUUAACCUCAUACAUUUCAUGCAGAAAUUCUAUGGGCAGCAUUUUUUUUUUUUUGUAUUUUGUCGGGGAAACUGAAGGCUUGUCACAUAUUUAAGUGAAGAUGUCAUUUGUGGGGAAAGGCUGUGAAACUGGUCACUUUAUUUGAAUUAAUCUGUAAAUCUUUAAUCUUUACUUACCGUUUUAUUUAGGUAUAUUCAGUUGUGUUUUCACACGUCCAUCUUCAAAACUGUGAACAUUCGUGUCUGUCUCUUGGAUAUGUUUUGGUCCCUUCUUGAAUGUGAAAAUUCCAUUCUUGAUGUGUAUUUGCUUGUUUUCUUUGUCAGAUUUACGUUACCGGUUGAUUUUUUUUUUUGUUUUAAUCAGAGCUGCUUUCGGUAUGCACUAAAGUGAUUGACAGUUGAGCUGUUCCCAUGUUCGUGAUGGAAGAUUUUUAAAAAAUCAUUUGCACUUUAAGGAUAAGUUACGUCUCACAACAAUCUAAAGUCAUGAUAGUUGAGACUUCUUGAUUUUUUUCCCCUCAAUUAAUCCCUCCAUAGUGCACUUAAAUUGAAGUCCAGUGUUACCAUUGCGUGAAUCUGAUCUCGCUCUAGAUUGUAUCGUUGACGGAACUGUCGGCCGAAUGUUUAUCGUGGCCGCGGUGACAGACAAGAAUGUCGGGGGGCAAGUUACAUUUAGCGUCACGCUCGUUUAAAGCAACACUAGGUACCUUUUCAGUUUGGCUCGAUUUUUAGCGACGGAGGAGGACAAAAGCGGUAUUGUUUUGCCUUAAGGGAGACUGCGUUUCCUAUGAGGACCAGCGCACAGUGUUGUAAAAUCAUGACAUCUCGGUCACCUGCAGAUGGAUUAAACGACAUUUCGGUUUCCAGCGGCUGUGUGAAGGAUGAACAGUAAUGAGGUGACUGAUCCAGUUUUGGCUAAACAAUAGCUUAUGACGAUGUUGAGAAUAAGAAAUGUUUAAUUUUGUGCGCUGACAAGUUCGGUUGAGGGGGGUCACGACAGCGAAAGCCCGGCCAGUGUUUAUUCUUGAGUGUCCUUUUAUCCUGGUAGCCUCCCUUUUUUUUGUCUCCUCGGACAUAACUUUUUGUCUCUAUUUGCUCUGCCAUCUUUGCAGAAUUAGCGCAAAAGCGUUCACAUCGACUUCCGUCUUUAUAACCACGGGGAAGUAAUGUAUGCAGUAAAGUAGUCAGCUCUAGGCCUGUCGCGACAACUAAUUUUAGUAGGUGAUAUAUUGUCAUGAAUUCUUGCCGAUAUGCGAUAUUGUCAACUUUUUUUAAUUGUAGUGACAAUACACCCAUUCAAAUGGGAUAAAUUGUUAUUCUUAAAUAAAACACAAACUAUAUUAAAAUCAUAAAUAUAAAAAAAAAGAAAAAAAACUACAUAACGACAUACAUUUGAAAGCUAGCUAAGAGCAGAAUAUGAAAUAGGUGAUAAGCUCAUUGCCAUUUUAAUUCUAUGCCUAUUAGAGCCCAUCAAGUGUUUGAUCCAAAAUGACUGUCAUCAUGUCCUGCAAAGUGCGCAUGUUAGCAUAUAUGAAGCCAAAUUGCCAUUGAUUUUUCAUAAUGGGUGUAAUUUUGAAGCUAUUCUUUAUCUUGAUUUACAUGCUGAACAUGACGUGCUUUUAUUUUGAAAUGUUCACCUGAAAUACGUCCGCUAAGCCGCUAACCAUAGACUUUACACUCCGUAAUCAGGGCUGUUAACAGACUUGAAGGGGCCCAGGGACAAAAGACCAUUAUACCCCCCCCCCCCACCUCAGCCACCGGCUUGUCACGACAUCAUACGCAGUACUUUUAACGCUUUGCAAGCAAUGAUAGUGUAAAUUUUCAAAUUUAAUUCGAGAUGGUUAGUUCAGAUUUAGCAGACCGUAAUGUGAUGUGACAUAAUAUAAACAAUUUCCAUCUAUUGUCCCAUGUAGGCUACAAUACAAUAGAAGUGAGAGUGCUAUACCUGCCUGCUAAGCAACAAAACAUAAGUAAUAUCCUCUGUCUGCACCUUCCACAUCCCUGGGUUUAUCAAGCCCUCAAACAGUGAUGCCCCUAGAUUUUUUGACAGCAAAGUCCUAUAUAACAUCAGUGAAAUCCAGUUUUUGAGCAAGCUCAUGCCCAAUGGAGCGCGUGGCUAGGUUGUUAACCCAAGAUAAAUCCAGCCGCUGGACCAGAGUCUGUUCAGCCUCGCGCACCUGCUCCCCACAGACUAACAUAUAUCCCUGAUCUCCCAUCACCUUUUCUCUCCUCGGCUCAACGCGAGCAGCAUGUCUUGUCAUACCGGAGCUCAAUAGGCUACAAGCGGCCGGUGACAGACUCGACUCGGGUUUUGGUCACUGUGAUCGCAAAUGUAAACGUUCAGUGUUAGCGGCUGUUGUUCACUUACUGACAUCGCCGUCCACAGCCAAAUUUAGUCCUAUUUCUCGCGCUUGUUGUCCCCCUUUUAAAAACUUCAUUUUUUUCUCGUUUACCUCUAUGAUCAUCUUAUUUUUUUCUUUUUCUGCGCACUCGAUUUAUGAUGACUCGCCAUGUUUAGAGUUUAAUACAAUGACAGAUUUCCCAUUUCAGGGCACGUACGUAGUGUAGCCUUGAGUGCACCAGAGCGGGGGUCUAACACAAAAAGUAAAAAAAUAUAUAUAUAUUUGAAAUAUUUAAUAUGUUAGUUUUUAAGGAUAUAUCGAGUACAACAUAAUAUUUAAUCAGACAAUGAUUUAUUUUUUUUUAUUAGAGCCGGUGAAGGCGAUACAGGCCUCCUCAAGGUAUAAGAGAGGUGUCCUUCAACUAGUUGUCAGUCGACAUAUCAAAAAUGUUAUGAAAAUAUUUGAUAAAUAGCUCAAGUAAUUCGAUCAGAAAAAACAUUUGAAUUGAAAUUUUGCUGCUUCGAGUAUUCGUCUAAUUAAAGUGGCGUUGUCGUAUUUUUUUUUUUUGAAAGUUUGCAUUGUUUUGAAUGAUUUGGGUGGAUACACUCCCCUCUAGUGGCAACAGUGAAUCUCAUUUCACAUGGCUUGAUCCAGCUGCUCCCUGUUAAGACCAACAUAAGCUACAUUUUUGUUUGAGCUAAUUUUUUUAAUGCAUUAGUAAUUUAGUUCAUCGGGUUAUUUAGCCAUUUUUUGUGGGAAUAUGUGUUUGAACCAAGUGUUAAGAGCAUUGUUUAAAAAAAAAAAAAAAAAGCAUUUUACAGCAUUUAAGCUAGCUGACAUUUGCGAUGGAAGUUAGACAUUUUGUUGUACUUAUUUAUUUUUGUAAAGCGUUUGAGGCUCAGCCCAGGUAUUUUAUGUUCCUUAUCCGAUUACUCGAUUAUUCGAACUAACUAGUUCAUCAAUUAAUUAAUCAAAUUAAUUAAAAAGUUACCUAGUGUUGCUUUAAGAUGCUCACAAGCAUAUUAAAAAUAGGAAAUAGCUGCAAAAAUGUGAUUAUAUCCAAGGCACAGACUUGUACAUUGAGGAUAUAUUCCAAUUUAAAACUACUGUAUUGUUCAGCAGCAGCAUGCCCCCAUUCAUUGCUCACUACUUUUGCAGAUGUUGCAUUUAAAUGCAAAAUGUUAAAUAACACCGAAACAAAAGGUGCAUUUUUUUAGGCUUGCAAACCACACUUUUUAUUAAAAAGUACUGUAUGCCAUUGUAGUGGUCAAAAUGCCAGUCUACAUUUCUCAUUGUGUGUGAUCUGUAUAAUGACGCAAGUCAAAUUUGUUAGACGGUUGUAUAUAAGUACUAUUUUAUCAAUAAAAAUCAAGUACGUCACUUAAA